AUGAGCGAGCCCGUUCUCCGCGCCGACACUCGCUCCGGCCGGCGGGGCAGCGGCGGGGCCGCGGCCAUGAGGGUGAAGAAGGGCGGCGGGGCGGCGGCCGCGGGCCCCGAGGAGGAGCUGCUGCGGAAGCCGCUCAUCGGCCCCGAGGACGUGCUGGGGCUGCAGAAAAUCACGGGCGAUUAUUUGUGCACUCCUGAGGAAAACGUGUAUAAGAUAGAUUUCACCAGGUUUAAAAUCCGAGACAUGGAGUCUGGCACAGUACUGUUUGAAAUCACCAAACCACCUGCCUCAGAACGUGAACAUGGUGAUAAAAAGGAUGUUGACCCUAAUGCCGGACGGUUUGUACGCUAUCAGUUCACCCCAGCUUUCCUUAGACUUCGGCAAGUUGGAGCCACGGUAGAGUUCACAGUAGGGGACAAGCCCAUUAAUAACUUCCGCAUGAUUGAGAGGCACUACUUCCGGGAUCAGCUGCUCAAGAGUUUUGAUUUUGAAUUUGGGUUCUGCAUCCCCAGCAGUAAAAACACUUGUGAACACAUCUAUGAAUUCCCACAGCUCUCAGAGGAUCUCAUUCGAGAGAUGAUCCUUCACCCCUAUGAGACACAGUCGGACAGUUUCUACUUUGUAGACAACAAGCUGGUGAUGCACAACAAGGCAGAUUAUUCGUACAGUGGAGGACCAUGA